AUGAAUGAGAACCAUUCUGAGUCUGAUUUGAAUUUUGAUAAUUUGGAUUUUAAUGAGAUACUUGGUGAGGAAGAUAAUGCAAACGAUCAACAAUGCGAAGAAUUAUACGAUGAUGGAAACACUUUUUUAAAUAGAGAGUAUUGUUUAUCCCUUGGGUCUGAUGGACAUAUCUUUGGUGAACUUAUUGAUGCAUGGUGUCACAUACUCAACGCGAGGAAUAAAUUGAAUAGAAAAGAGAAAAGGAUAUUCUUUCCUAAUGCAGCAUUUAAUUUGUUGUGCAUGAAUGAUUAUUAUGGUGAGUGUACUCAAAAAGAUACCAUUGAGUUUAGACAAUCAAAAUUCUUUGAGACACUUGAUUUCACCAUGUAUGAGAACAAAAUUGAUACCAUCAAAGGAUUUAAUCUUGUAUUCUUCAUUGUUCACGCUUGGAGUCACUUUUACGUUAUGUGCAUUAAUAUGAAAGCCAAAACUUUGGACAUCUUGGAUAAUAGAAUACUUGAGGAUGGGAUACCCCUUGAAAGCAAGUAUCGUGAUUAUCCUUGGAAAGUGCUGGAAGCAUUUUCAUUGUUCCUCCACCGUGCGGAAUACAAGUGUUAUAGGCAUGUAGCUAAAUUCAAGAUAAGGUUAAUAGAAAGGCCUUGGAGAUCCAACAUGAACAUUGUUGAUUGUGGUGUAUAUGCAAUGAGACAUAUGGAAACCUACCAUGCACAAAACAACUGGGAUUGUGGACUAUACUCAGAUAAUUUUGAAGGUUUGAAGAAGCUAAGGAUACAAUACUGCAUUGAUUUACUCACCGACAAUGCUAAUGAUAAAAGGGUCAAGCUCCAGGUCUUAGCAAGAAAGUUUAAGAAGCUUGAAAACAAUGAAUAAAUUUAAAGAUUCGUGUGCAUGUGGUGCA